AUGCCACUUGCAGGCACUAUUUCUGAGCGGAUUGUACUGCGAAAGGGAGAGGAAGCCAAGAAACAAUCAGAUGCUGCCGAGAAACAGCUGCAGAACAGCAGGCUGCUCAAGGAGGUGUCCGUACCUUUCCCAGGUGACGAGGAACGAUACCGUCUAAACUGGCUGGGAAACGCGCCCUUUAUGCAGGUACAAGCUGGCUGGGAUGCUUUCGAUGAGGAAUGCGCAGAGACAACAAGGGCGACUGCGGGCGUUCCGUCCUCCCAAGAACCCAAAGCACUUGUUCUUCACGUCAAUCUUUCAGACAGAACAUAUGUAACCGGUCUCCACGAUCACAAAACAUCCCUUAAGAUCGAAGUCUUCUUCAAUGGGCAGCUGAAUAGUUGCUGGCUUAUGGCUACACACGACGUCAGGACUGGUGUCAAAGGACACCAUCAGAUGUUUGCUGGCGCUAGGGUCGACUUUCUUGCUGAGCGGCCAUGGGUGAUCCUCCCACCUGAGACGGAGCCAGCAGUGAGCCUUACAACGCACCAUGAGCCUACCUCAGUAUUGCAGCGAUGGCAGGAUAUUUGCCGCGCCUUAAAGAAAGAAGCAAAUGAGAGGGGUGUCAACGAACAAGGGGAGGUCCCUCCAACCGCCACGUUUCUACAGGCGCUUGCAGCUAUGCAGAUGCCAGAUGAAGUCCGGCAUAUGCAGAAGAUAGGGGGAAAGGUUUUCGGCACAAUCGACGUUAUCGUCACCUCUGGGGAGGGCAAGAAACUCACGAGUGGUGUAGGCUACCUAAAGGCGCCGAAACGGAUGUUCGACGAGAACUUUCCACUCAUGAAACAAAGCGAUGGCGAGGCUGCAGACGUACAAACAGUUGAAACUCGACAAACUGGAAGCGACAAUGACCUCAAAACCAUUCAGCAUGAUUACGAUGGUUUCGACGCGAAUACAGAAAGCGAAUACAACCAAGGAUAUAGCUUGUCAACUCAGGAACAGUCGUUGGACGCAGAUAGGCCUGACAUACCAAGUGCUUCGGAUUUUGUUCCAUAUAGCGGAAUUUCGGACAACUUGCAGCACAUCCAAGGACAGGGCAUAUCGAGCGAUCUGAACAAUCAACCAUGCCAACCGAAUACUGCACCGUAUUUUGGUCCGCUCCAAUAUCCGCCCUUCAGUUUUCCCGAACCAAAUCAACCUCUCUUGAUGGAAGCUGGCCAUGAAUAUCCAAGAACACGUCGAAACGUGACUCCUGUUCAAUUCUCAUCGCACCAAGUUCCCGGCCUUCGUGAGCAAGGAGUUGUUGAAUUACCACACGUGCCACUUCCUCGACCGAACAACUACCUGGAAUGGCCAGCGCCACCCAUAGGGCUGUACUCUGUACCCACGAAGCCAAAACGAAGCAUCUUCCCGCGGAAGGACACUCUUUCGGUGAGGGUGAAGAAAGAUGGCCGUGAUAUUCUGCUCACGAGGUUGGUGAUUCGGGGACAGAAUAAGACCGUCCUAAUUGACCACAAGUGGGACCCACCAAAGCGCAUCACAGUAAGAUCGGGAAGAUUGGUAUGUCCCGAGUCUCAACUCGACCAUUCAGCGAGCAUGAAUGAAUGUCUUGAAUCGUCAAAGUCUGGGGACAUGUCUGACAGCAUCUGUCAACCAGAGAAAACUGCAGUCUACAUGGAAACGUCAGCGCCCACAUCAUCCGAGAAUUUCAGCACAGAUGUGUCCCUCAAAGCAACUCCCCACAUGUAUCAUUCUCUAGAUGAGUCAACUGAUCUUUGCCGUAAGACUCACACAUUGCAGUCGAACGAUGCUCGUCUCUUCGCUCAAUCAGAGAAGGACUCUGUGUUUUCCGCAAAGUACAGUUGUGACCGUCGCGCUUCACCGAGCAGUAGUAUCCUCGACCGUUCUCACGGAGCGUUGUUUCCAACGGUCCCGAAUUCGGCGGUGGAAGCAACUCCGUCUUCAAUGGCCAGGAAGCGUAGGGCUUCCACUGGCGCUGUCACCAAGCGGGCACGCAAUCGUACUUGCUUGAAGACUGACGACAAUUCCUCACUGAAUCAGAAUUGUAUUAUCACAUAUGCAAAGAACAAGGGCGAGGAAAAUGAGCAAGGUGUUUUCAGACAAGUCCGGAGUGAAAGAUGUGGGGUAUUUCAGGAGGACUAUGUCGUCUUUGCGGCACGUUUCUUUGUAGGAGAAAAGGCGAGCAUGGACAAAGAGUAA